AUGAACCUACUGGCGAUCGGCUUAAGCGUGUUUCUAACGCUAGUUUCAGUGCAGCUCCAAACUGCGUUUGCUGCAACAGCCGAGGACUGUGACCCGAUGUACGAAGAUUUCACCCUCACGGCGGAAUGCGACUUCAAUUGCCAGAACGUUUGCUCACCGGUCACAAACGUUUGCCUUUGCAAGUUUGGUUACCUGCGAGACUUGACCUCUAACCUGUGCGUCCCUGAAGAUCAGUGCGAACCUGCACCAGAAGCAAUCACCUUUGGAUGUUUGGCAGAGUAA